AACACUACUAUAAAAAAAAACAACAAACGCAGCACAUUCAGAAAUCAAAAAAUAAUCAGCCAAAUUCAUGGAGGUUGUGCUUUCCACCUUGCACAACGACGAGAGCCGUGAGCGAGCAGUAGUAGUACAGUAGUACAGUAGUAGGGUAGUAGUAAGCAGCAACAGCAUCGCAGCAGCGGACGGCGGUAUCGCAUCAAACUACGAUUCACGGUUACAUGGAUACUAAAAGAUACUACACACCACUAUACAACACACACUACUACAACGUGAAAGUGGCGUAUAUGAUGCGCGGUUAGUGCGCCCGCGGGGAGUACUCGGGGGACAAGCAUUGAGGAAUAAAAUAAAAUAGGAGGUGUGCGUGCGUACGUGUAUGUAUGCGUGUGAUGCGGGGGCAGCGGCUCUACUCCGGGGUUGGCCAGAGUUUUAUUUACCAAUUAAAAGUAGCCGAUGUUCGGUGCGGGGCGUUAAAUGUGCGUGAAAAAUGUCGAAUCCCGGCGGUAGCAGGAGGAACGGGGCGACAAAGAUCCGUCUUACGAUCCUGUGCGCCCGCAAUCUAGCCAGAAAGGAUCUGUUCCGGCUGCCCGAUCCAUUUGCCAAAAUUACUGUAGAUGGCUCUGGUCAGUGUCAUAGUACCGACACCUGUACGGCCACCCUCGAUCCUAAGUGGAAUCAACACUACGAUUUAUACAUUGGUAAAAAUGAUGGUAUCACAAUAUCGGUAUGGAAUCACAGAAAAAUUCACAAGAAACAGGGAGGUGGAUUUUUGGGAUGCGUCAGGAUAGUUUGCAACACCAUACAGAGGCUCAAAGACACAGGAUAUCAGCGUCUCGAUCUGUGCAAAGCUCACACGGACGAUACGGACGUAGUCAAGGGUCAAAUCGUAGUUUCACUCUUAUCGCGAGAUGGUCACAACGGAGCUGUUAGCAACACGGUUGGUCAUAACGCCGUUGUCGAUGUUCUGGGUGAUCUUAGUUGUCCAACUGAUUUACCUGACGGUUGGGAGGAGAGAAGAACCCAAAGCGGUCGUCUCUAUUACGUAAAUCAUUGCACCAAGAGUACACAAUGGAUACGCCCUAAUUCUCGACCGACAAACCCGAUAAUACCGACGACACCGGAACAUCCGGCUCCUCCGAUAUCGGAACCAACAUCACCGAGCGGUAGCGGGACACCGCCAACGACACGAUCGGACAGUCCGCCUCACAGAAGUCAACAGGAUUCCUGGAACAUUGAUGGAACCCCGAAUAGAACCCCGAGCAGAACACCAAGCAGGGAAAGUUCAACGCACAAUACGCCGAGGAAUACACCAACUCAGCAGCAUCAACAGAUUCACGGUAACCAAGGGAAAGCUCCUCCGCUCGUCGGAAACUCGACUGCAACAUCGGCGUCAAACGCAUUGAGGGAACGUCGCGCGGCCCGCAACAAUGACGAACAAAACGCGAAUCAAACGCCAAACGGGAGACAAAAUGUGGGCCAGCCGCGACGGCCCGGUCGAACGAACAGAAAUCGAAACGGAGGAUUAUCCGAAAGACGUAACGAAGCGCAGCAACCUUCGGAUUUGCCACGCGGUUACGAGAUGCGCCAGACUCAACAGGGACAAGUUUAUUUCUAUCACGUGCCCAGUGGAGCAUCAACCUGGCACGAUCCACGAAUACCGCGUGAUUUACCAGCGAACGAAUUGGCAAAUGAGCUCGGUCCGUUGCCAAGCGGAUGGGAAAUGCGACAAACGGCAAGUGGUCGAGUUUAUUUCGUCGAUCAUAAUAAUCGAACGACACAGUUUACGGACCCACGAUUAUCAAGUCAGAUUAUUAGCAAUAUAUUGAAAAGACAAAACAACCUGAGCAACGGACAAUCUAAUCAGACGAAUCAGAGUGGCGUAAGAAGCGGCGAACAAAUGACGCUCGCGGAAAGUAACUCGUCAUUUAUGACCAAUCAGACAACAACGAGAACAACAAACGGUAGUAUCAAUAGCACCACCACCACCACCACCACUACCGCCGCCACCGCAGCUACGAGCGCUACUACGACGCCCAGCGUGGUAGGACAAACGAUACCCUCGGACCUACCCAAAGAACUCAUGGAUAGUGAAUUGUUGCCGAAAUACAAAAGAGAUCUCGUGGCUAAACUAAAAUGUUUGAGGGCCGAGUUGAACGCUCUGCAACCACAGAGCGGCCAUUGCCGUCUCGAAGUAACCAGAAAUGAGAUAUUCGAAGAAUCGUACAGGCUCAUCAUGAAAAUGCGCCCGAAAGAUAUGAGGAAACGUCUUAUGGUGAAAUUUCGGGGAGAGGAGGGCCUCGAUUACGGUGGACCGGCGAGAGAAUGGCUCUAUCUUUUAUCUCACGAAAUGUUGAAUCCCCAGUAUGGGCUCUUUCAAUAUUCUCGGGACGACAAUUAUACGUUGCAAAUAAAUCCGGAUUCAGGAAUAAAUCCAGAACAUUUGUCCUACUUUCAUUUUGCCGGUAGAAUCAUUGGUAUCGCUGUGUUUCAUGGUCAUCACAUUGACGGAGGUUUCACAACGCCUUUUUACAAAAUGUUGCUCAAUAAAGCAAUUACUCUGAGCGAUAUCGAAGGGGUUGAUCCGGAAUUGCACAGAAGUUUAACGUGGAUGCUCGAAAACAGUAUAGACGGUGUAUUGGAGGCGGCUUUUGCGGUUGAGCAUAGUAGCUUUGGCGUGUUGAGAAAUCACGAGUUGAAACCCGGAGGCAAAGAGAUCAUCGUUACUGAGGAGAACAAAAGAGAAUACGUCAAGUUGUACGUUAAUUAUCGAUUUAUGCGAGGCAUCGAGCAACAAUUUUUGGCUCUUCAAAAAGGUUUUCACGAAUUAAUACCCCCUCAAUUAUUAAGACCGUUUGACGAGCGCGAAUUGGAACUCGUAAUCGGUGGGCUUGGACAAAUAGAUAUAAACGAUUGGAAGCUCCAUACGAGGCUUAAACAUUGUACUCCGGAGACACCGGUUGUCAAAUGGUUCUGGCAAAUCGUCGAGUCGUACGGAGAAGAAAUGAGAGCGAGACUAUUGCAAUUUGUCACCGGGAGCUCAAGGGUGCCGCUUCAAGGUUUCAAAGCUCUUCAGGGAUCUACAGGAUCCGCAGGACCACGUCUCUUCACGAUUCACGCGGUCGACGCACCGAGCGAAAAUCUACCCAAAGCUCAUACCUGCUUCAAUAGAAUCGACAUACCCCAGAGCUAUCCUAAUUAUCAAAAGAUGCUUGACAAGCUUACUCAAGCGGUUGAAGAAACUUGUGGCUUCGCGGUUGAAUAAUGCGCCCGAACGAUCGUGGCAUUCCGAAAUGGAAUAUAUAUGAAACCAACAACAAGAGCCUUCACGGGCAGGCAUAUAAAAACAAGAAACUCGGCGGCUCACUUUACAUUUUUUUUUUCUCUUGCAAUCAUUUCAACGAACGAGUCUCCGUGUAAGCACACAUUGAGCGAUCCAUAUCUUGAGAUAUAUAUAAGAUAGACACAAGCAAAUGCAUAUCCCCGAAUUGCCUUAAUCAUUGAAUCGGCAAGGUGAAAAAAACUCGAGAGGAAAAUGAAAAUUCCAAUCGUUGGACGAAAAAUGGGGCGAAAAGUUUUUGAAAAAACAUGAAUCAACUUAUGACGAAUUCGACCUAAUGGUGCACCAUUAUGCUCGGCUGUGCAGUCCGAACGAUUUAUCUCGGUCUCGAACGGACACGUUUUAGGAGUAAAACAUAUCAUCAUCGUCGUCGUCGUUGUCGUCGUCGUCGUCGUCGUCGUCGUCAACGUCAACAUCAACGUCAUCGUCAUCGUCAUCGUCAUCGUUUUGAUUGAAUAUUACUUUAUUUUUGUUUAAACACAUUGUCGCACUGUACGUAAACAAAAGUCAAUUAAUCUUUCAUAUUAGUAACCUUUUGACGUUGAGCUUGUACGGUUGUACAAGAACCACGCUCGUAUAAGAAAACAAACAAUGAUGAUGGUACCAAGAGGAUGAAAAAGUAACAAAUUUCGCUAUGAAACUAAGAAAGAGGUAUUAUUUAAUUUAUUAUUCGUCGCAGUUGGAUAUUGAAAUAUUCAUCUCCGGCUCAAGCAUAUCAAGAAUCUGGAUAUCUGUCUCGCGAAUGAAAGCAUAUAUAUAUUUAUAUGUAUUUACACAUCAACGCGCGCGCGCGCGCACACACACACACACACACACACACACACACACACACACACACACACACACACACACACACACACACACACACACACACACUAUUCCAUACAAUUCCGGUACAACUUUCUUCACUUCCCCCUGCCAAAAAUUCAUCGCUUCGUUUUUUUUUCUACGAGACCAUUAAAAGAAACUAGAAGGUACUCCAGCAUUUUUUGAUUCUUCUGAACGGCGGUCGUUGAAAGAAAGAAGAAAUCCAAAGCCGCAGAAAACCUCUCUCAAAAUGUUUGAAAUAAACGCUCAACUUCUCCCGUAUAUCAAGAUCCAUCAACUCUGGCCACGCAUUCAAAUAUUUAAUAUAAAACUGGUAAAACACAAAAAUAAAUUAUACUUCGAAUGCGGGUGAUAGUUAAAAAUGCUCCGCAUAUAAUUUUUCCAAAGAAUUAAUCGAAUUGGCAGGGGUCGAAGAAAAAGUCGUCCGUCGAAAUCGCUUCAAAUACCUCGUAUGCUAUGGGGACUAUGGGAUGAGAUAUAGAAAUUUUUCGGUAAUUUUUUGUUUUUUUUUUGCGAUUUACUCAAAGUUGCGAGAUUAAAAUCAUUGUAAAUAGUUGAAUGAAAAGUGAGGAGCAGUGACAAAAAUUUAAGAGGGGGGAGGACGGGCGACGGAUAGAAAAGAGAUGAAAAAAAGAAACAAACACCGAGUCAAUGAAUACACAUGAAAAUAGUACAUUAUAACACUAGGACGAAAAAGUUUUUCGUACGCGUGUUAUACGAAAUUUUAUAUUACGAGGUGCGGAAAUGGGGGUUUUGUGUACGCAAAAGCGUCCAUUUACGUACCGCGUGAUAUAAAAAAUCUUUGAUUAGCAUUAGGUAGUAGACUCAGGGUCAACUAUGGCGAUUCGUUGAUUCCCUUCGUUAAAUAGGUUCAACCAUUGUAACACUUGUAAACUAGCUUUAAUUUAAAAUUAAUCACAAAAUAGAAGAGAAAAGUCUAUUUGAACCAAGAA